GUUCUGAGGUCGGCGGUGCGCGGACCCUGCCCGGCCCAGGCUGUCCCGACCCCGCUAAAAGCCCCAAGCACUUCCCCGCCCCUGGAGGGGGAGCCACAGCGCCUUGUGUCCUGUGACAGUGGCACUCUUGAGGAGCCCUCUGAGGUCCCAUCUCAUCUCACAAGAGAUUCGGCAAAAAUAAGCUCGAGCUGUCAGAGAGACCUGGCUAAGAAGUACCAGCUUGUGCCAGUGGUGGUCCUGGACCCCCUGGAAGUGCCAAUGAGGUUGAAGAGCAUGAAACUCAACAACCAGGCUGAUGUUCAACCUGCCUGCCUGCAGCCAGGAUCUCCCGUGGGCCGCCAGGGGAUCUUGGAGAACAAGCACAAAAGGACCAAGGGAAUCCCUGGGGAGGGCAGCACCUGCAGGAAAGCUUGUAUCAGUGGCUUCAGUGCCAGCCGCUGGGGCAGUCACACCCGCCUCUGGCCCUGGAGGCGCAAGAACAAGAGGCAGCAGCAGCCCAAUAAUUCCCUUUUCAGACUCCAGACAAGGCAAAAACUAACUCGGAGGAGAGCUCUGGAGAUGUCUGUAGGUGUCAGAGACAAUGACUCUUCGCUCCUCAAUAACUCUUAUUCCUGGGCUAGAGUUCGAGCGUCUCUGUCCUUCCAUAAAAAGAAGAAAGUGACCACAGAUGAGAGUUUCUGCAGCAGCAGCCUCUGCACCCCCUCAGGGAAAUCCCAGCUUUCGGGGUACCAAGCCAGCCUGUCUGCUGGCAAAGCUCAGGGCUGCUCCUGGUUUGCUUCCUCCAUGGUCCUGCUGGCUCCCAGGGAUUCCUCCUCUCUCCUGGAGCUGCUCCUUACAGAUGCUGAGAAAGUGUUUGGAGAAUGCAACCAGGAGGGCCCUAUUGCUUUUGAGGACUGCAUUCCUUUAAAUAAAAUGAAAGACUGCAAGAAAAUUGGAGAAGGGGUGUUUGGAGAGGUGUUCCAGAUUGAUAGCGAGAGAGGACCUGUGGCCUUAAAAAUAAUUCCCAUUGAGGGGACUGAAAAAGUAAAUGGUGAAGCUCAGAAGAGCUUUGGGGAGAUUCUGCCUGAGGUAAUCAUUUCUAAAGAGCUCAGUCUCCUGUCUGAGGGCUCUGUGAACAGAACUGUGGGCUUCAUCAGCCUCUACUCUGUGCACUGUGUCCAGGGGGCCUAUCCCAGGUAUCUCCUGCAAGCCUGGGACAAAUUCCACAAAGAAACAGGCUCGGAAAACGACCGGCCAGACUUUUUUGGGGCCCAGCAGCUGUUCAUGGUGCUGGAGUUUGAGUUUGGGGGCCGGGACCUGGAGCGCAUGAGGAGCAGCUUCUCCUCAGUGGCAUCAGCCAGGAGCAUCCUGCACCAGGUCACUGCAUCCCUGGCGGUGGCAGAGCAGGAGCUGCACUUCGAGCACAGGGACCUGCACUGGGGGAACGUGCUGGUCAGGAGCACAGAGCUGAGGGAGCUGCAGUACGUGCUGGAUGGACAGACACGCUCCAUCCCCACCGCGGGCCUCCACGUCAACAUCAUCGACUACACCCUGUCCCGCCUGGAGAAGGACGGGCUCACCGUCUUCUGCGACCUCUCCACGGACCUGGUGCUCUUCCAGGGCGCUGGGGACCCCCAGUUUGACAUCUACAGGCAGAUGAAGGAGGAGAACUCCAACAGCUGGACUGACUACCACCCCCACAGCAACGUCCUCUGGCUGCACUACCUGGCUGAUAAGCUUCUGAAAGCCAUGUGCUACAAGAGGAAGGCAACAACUCCUGCCCUGAAGAAAAUCAAGAUGCAGCUCAGCAAGUUCCACAAGGAAGUGCUGACCUUUGAGUCUGCCCUUGAUGUUCUGCACCACAGCAGCCUCUUCCAGUGAGCAGGGGUCCAAGGACUGAGCCACUGGUGCUGCCUCUCUGCUUUUUGUAUGUGUUGGCACAAUUAUGUGUUUUGAUUAGUUCCAAAUAUUUUUUAAUACAUUAUCAAAAAUAUCCUAAAAAAUCCCCUCCAAUGUCUUCUGCUCUAAGAUAUUUCCAUACCUGCUGGUUUUGAGGGGAGACAACAGAGCUGACUUUGGAGAAAGGAGGGGAAAACAGACUAAUUCAGACACAGUUAAUGCUCUGAAUUUCACAUACGUUUUCUUACCAUUUUAGCCUUAGAUUAUUAAAAGUUCUUUUUUUACUGUAUUGUCUUUUUUACAGAUUCUUUUUUUAAAGGUAAAAGCUCUUCAGGUCUGGACAGCAAGGACAAGGGUUGAAUAUCAUUGGCUCACUGGAGACAGAAGGGAAAAUCCAUCCUUUGAUUUAAUUUUGGCUAAAUUUAUACUUGGAAUGAAAGUAUAAAAUGUAAAUAUGUGACAUUUCUGUAAAGGGUUUUAAACCCACUAAUCUGCACUUAUCUGUUCUUUCUUUCCCCCUCUCUUAAGGACCAAGGAAGAGGUACCUGAUUGUGGGGAAGAAAAAAGACAAAGUACCUGUGUUCCUGAUUUUUAAUGGUUAUAAUGUUGUGGUCUUGUGCACUGAUAGGAACUCAAAUCUGUAACCUGGUGGUAGCACUGAAGGAAUUUCUUCCUUUAUCUACAGAAGAAAAUGCCCAAGGUAAUAAAUGUCCUUUAGCCCUGACUGCUGGUGGAUCAGGUGCCCCAAACUGGAGGCUCUUAAUUUAAAUGCCAAUUCCCUGUUUUCAAGAAGUCCUUUGCUAACAUUCCUGUUUAUUAAAGAAAUUGGGCUAAAGAGAACAAUAAAUCAAAGUGAAGUGAAAAUUGAAUUACAUUCUGAUCCAAUGACACAGAUGCAUUAAGAAAUUAAGAGGCAGCAUCAUCAAAUUCAUUAUAACUGCAGUGCUCUCCAUGCAGUCCAGUGAAUAAAUGUUGAAUUUGUGCAUCUCAGAGAUUCAUCUUGGACCCUCUCUUGGAGUCUCCUUUUUACAAACCCAACAAGGAGACCCUGGGGUGGUUUUAUUGUUCUGGCUUCCAGACACUGCAGAAAGUGACCUGACAAUCUGCAGUGCUGCAAAUUAUUAAGAUGGAAAUUGUGCUGGAAUGUUCCCAGGCAUCCUCUCAACCUUUUUUUUCCCCCUCUCUAAUUAAAUAAAAUCAUGCACUGUGAUUGAAUGGUCUUACAACCCACUUGGUAAGGCCUGCAGUGAAUGCUUAUCUGACAUCAAGGAGUGUUCCUCAGUCACAAUGGUGCUAAUUUCAUUUAUGCUUUAAAAGGAAAAAAAAAGGAUGGAUGAAACCACGUUAUUUUUUGCCUGCCUUGGUGCUUUGUUUCUGAUUUGAGAACUGAUUUUGGCUGUACAGGAGGGAUGGGGCUUUGGCAGGAAUUAAUGCCAGGAGAGGUGACAGCCCCUGGUGCAGGAAUUUGGAGAUUCUGAAAGCUGAAACCUCAGAAUGUUUCUCUGCAAACCAAUUUGCUGAUUUGUGAGCAUGUAGUAAUUUUCAUUAAUCAAAAUGUAAAGCUUCUACCUCCGCCCAAAACUGGACAUUAAAUUCAUAUAGAAACCAUUCCUUUAAACUGUGCCUGCAAGGAAGUGCAGCUGCCAGAGCUGAGCCCUCAUUUCUUUUUUUAAAGAUGCUCUCUGAUUAAAAAAAACCACAGAAAAAAAUAUCAUGUACUAAUCAGCCCUCAUAAAUUUUAAUGGGAGGAUGGUGACAAAAAAGGAAUUGGAAUAGUAAAUUUCCCCUAAUCAAGUUAAAUGCCCUGAACAUGUUUUCAUCUGAGUGAAAGCUUUACUUGGAACAGAGCUGGAUUAAAUAUUUUAGAGAUCUGCUCUCCCUGUUGAGGAAAGAGGAUUCCAGAACCCAGUUUGCCCCUUCAGAAAACACAAGUUUUUUAAUAAUCACCACACUGAAAUCAGAGCCUUAAAGGGUGCUCCAUGUUUUACUGAAAUAAGGAAGUUUGAGCAAAGCUAAAAUUAUCCUAAGGGAGGGAAAGAUUUUUCACAUGGAUCCAGAGGCUUUAGGAGAGUGAAAAGACCAAGCCUGGUUUUGUGUGAUUGGUAAAUCAGAUGGAUUCCAGUAGGAAUUCUGGUGUUUCCAGGUAAAGUGGAUUUUGUGGUGAAACCAGCGACCCUCACUUGGAAUAUGCUUUCAUCCAAGUGCCAAAUCUCUGAAAAUUUUACUAUUUUGAUGGAGAAGACAGAUAAAAUAUUAAUUACCUGUGAAUACUCUGUAACUCACCAGGCUGCUCUUAAAACCUGUAUUUUUUUGCUCAUUCCCUUCUGGAAAAACCAGACAUGAAGUGCAGGAAUAUGAAAAUGAUCUCUUGCCUUGAGAAGCUGAAUGAGAAGGAAGAGCAGCUCUGGCCUCAGUGUGGAGAGAAUGAAGAGCAGCUGCUCAGAAUAUCAUUCAGAGGCAGGAAAAAAGGGAAAAUUGUAAUUUCUGCCCAAUUCUGCAGUUCCAGACUGCAGCAGUUAAUGGUGGUGCUGGUGCCCAGGGGGAGAGGAGGCUGCCAAGGGAGAAGGAAUUCUCCUUAGAGCUGAAUAACAACACUGGGAAAUUCAACUCGGCCUGGGACUGCUCCCAUAAAACAAAUUAGGUACAAAUAGCCCAAUAAAAGCUUGGGACUCUUGAAUCAGAUAAAUCCAGUAUUUAGCUCUCCUCCUAACAAGUGAAAUGCUCCUUGCCCUCCCUGGAGCUCCUUGCAAGCUUUGUUUGGGUAGUAAAUCACUUGGUGGCUGGGCUGGGUUUCCUCUCAGCGCUUUGCUGGGAGCUCUGGGGCUGUUCUACAAGCUCACCUAAAAUGCAGAUUUUUGGGGUAGUUUGGGAGCAGAGUUGUCACACUGAGUCAUCUCCACUGUCACUGUUACUGUCAUGGUCACUUCAGUGUGGCCCCACUGAUCCUUCCUAGGAGCAGACAGAAAAUGGAGUUUAUUUAAUGAGAGGCCUGCAGCAUCCUGCUUGGAAUUUGGGGGAAUUAUUCCUUCCAAAUUCACACACAGGACAAUGCAACAGCCCAAUUAAUUAUUCAAUAUUCUUUAGGGUCUGUAGGAAAAUGGUUCCUGUUCAAUCUCAAAGGAGACCACUCCAUGCUUUGUGUGACAUUUUAUCAUUCAGGGGUGACUUUAAGCACUGUUGCACUUGUUCAGCUCCUCAGCCAAUCUCCAGGGUGGAUUUUCACCAUGAACAUUUGCCUUCUGUCAAAUGCAAGCUGAGCAGCUCUUUGCUGCAGUGCUCUGCUGUUCAUCUGCUCCUAAUGAAAUGCCAGAAUUGGGAUUUUUGGAUGAUUCUUGUUGUUUAAACCUCAGCCUGUGCUCUGGGAUCUCCUGGGACAGCCCCAGAGAUGAGGCACUCUAUGAAUGGGAGGUUAUUGAAGGAUGAAUUGCAGGGAAAGUCAAAAAACACCGCUGAGGGAUUGAAGAAAACACUUUUUGCACAAAGAGGAUGUUUUAUAUAAACUCUAAAUGCAAAAUCUGGAGAGUGCAACUCCUCUGAGUCCAAGGGAGAUGAGCAGUGCAGGUGGGAUUGUGGCUGCAGCCCCUGGGAGGGCACUGAGAGCAAACACAGAUCAGCUCACAUCAAACCAUCCUCAUUUCCUAAGGGAGCACGUUCAGAAUGUCUUUACAUGCACACAAACAAAAUUCCCAACACCUCAAUGGAGAACUAAAACUAGAAGAUUCUCUAGUGAUGAGUUCAGCUCCCAGGAAAAGGUUUAUAAAAAAGCAACAAUAUAAAAAAUAAUCUUCACCAUGGACAAGGUCUUGGUAAAUAAACUCCAGUUCUUUACCCCUGGAUUGCCACAGGACAAUAAUAUUAUUUUUUCCCCAGUGAUGAGAAGUUUUUCUUGAUUAAAUAUUCAAGCUGAGGGGCACAGAUGAGAUUUAUUCCUUUUUCUACUCACCAGUAAAUAUCUCCUGUCUGUGGCUGAUGUUUCUGGAGAAGUUCAAUGAUAAUUAACAAUUAGAUGUUGUGUGCAGAGGUACUCAGCAAUGCUGACCAACACUCCAGAACCUCA